AUGGCUGAAUAUAAGGCUUGUAUUGCCAGAAUGGAAGCUCUUCGAGAAUUAGGGGUAAAAGAUGCCAAAGUCUUUGGAGAUUCAACUUUGGUUAUAGCCCAAGCACAAAAGUUAUGGAAGUUGAAGGAAGAACACUUGAAGCCCUAUCAACAAUACUUGGAGGACUUGACUAAGACCUUUGACAAAAUUGAGUUCACAAUCAUCCCUAGAGCUCAAAAUCAGUUUGUGGAUGCCUUAGGUACCUUAGCCUCCAUGGUUGAGAUACCCGAGGGAGCGUGGACACGGCCCUUGGAGAUUAAGCAAAGUCAUGAAGAACUGCACAAAAGGAAGACUGAAGCUUUAGUAAGGACCAUAGAGGAAGAGGAAGAUCUGUGGUACUAUGACAUCGUGAAGUUCUUGGAACUAAGGUCACAUCUAGAUGGUGCUAACAAGAGAGAAUGUCAUUCCAUUAAGAUGAUGGCAACACAAUACAUUCUAUGUUGA